AUGGAGCCAGACUCUCAUGAUGGUUUCAGAGAAGGUGGUGGCAGUUUGCCCUUGGUGUAGGUGGUGUCUACGCUGGCUGUGAACAGACCAAAAGCUUCGCUGCCCUUUUUCACCCAGAGCGACUGCUGGAAAAUGCAGGAAAAGGAGAGGAACAAAAGAGAGCAAAAGAAAUCCCUGACCUUGCUGCAGCAGCUGGAAGAGGAAGGCUUCUCUGAGCAAUCCGGUGCAGAUGUCAGCAAAGUCAAGACCAUCCAGCUAGCUGUCCCUGUCAAAGCUGGGAUGUGGCUCACCCCAAGGCAGCUGGAAAAAUACCAAGAUGUCCUGGAGAAACUGCUAGCAGAGAUGUUACAGGACACCCCAGACGGCUGCAAAGUAUGCAAGGAACCUCCUUCCCUGGCAAAUAUCCCGAGGACCCAGAUCCUGAUCCUGCUUGAAAGUGGUGGCAAAGCUCCAGCCCGCUUGAUGGGUGCCAGUUAA